AUGGAAAUCGUGUCUCGGCAAAUUCUCUAUCAAUUCCCGUGCUUGGAUUUCUCGGAUGAUGAUGGAUUCGGAGCUGGUCAAGGCUUCGUGGAACUGAAAUAUAAGAUGAUCAAUCGAAACAAUUAUUUUAAUAGGCUUAAGGACUCCCAAGCAGCAGCAACAAAACCCGUCAUGAGUUUGAAGAAAAGUCGUAAUGCCCGAGCUGGUACCAUCAAACAAUAUUGGGAGAAAACUUCAAAAGAAUGUGACAAAGAUACUUUGUCAAAACUCAAAAGAAACGAACCAGUCCUACUAACGGAUGCAUUUCUUUUCCAAUCCCAAGCCUUUGUGAGGUACCGGUUGGACGAGAUCAAUGCAGCCAGAAUAAUUUCUCAGCUUCCCGUGAUUCGACGAAGAAUACUUUUGAACUAUCAUUUCGAAAAGGCCACAGGAAAAAGUGUAAGCGUCUUCCGAUACUAUUUUGCAUCAAAGAGAGACAAAAUAAUUCAAUAUUCACUUACAUGCCGCAACAAUUUGCACUUGGUGAAAACGUCGACUGAUCUUGCCAUACUUAAGCUCCUUUGUUGUUUGGUAGGGGAAAACUUCGAUGAAUUAGUUCUUCAGAAGGAGGUCAGGAAUAGUAUAUUUUGA